AUGGCCGCGCAGAUGCUCCGUCGGUGGAGUAGCUUCUACGGCGCCUUCGACUCCGUGGACGCCGCCAUCGAGGCCGCCGACCCAGACCAAUUUUCCCGCCACGUGUUCCAGCGCGCGAGGGGGGACCUGCUGGUAGGGCUCUGCAACGCCGACGACGACGGCCAGGCGGAGCGUAUCUGCGGGAUUCUCGACGACCUCAUGGCAGAGUCUCUCGAGACGCUCAGGGUGGUUCCAUCAACGCCAGAGGUGCCCAUCUCCACGAAACUCGCCGAGUCUGUGCGCGCGCUGCGGGAGCACGACUCGGAGCGCGUCCGCCUCCUCGCGCGCGGCAUCGUGAGCGGGUGGGAGACCUCCGUCCAGGAUGAGGUCGCCGAGGUCACACCAGCCAUGCCCGUGAAGAAGAAGGUGGAGAACGUGCCGCAGCCCAAGGCGACCGUCGGCGAGCAGCAGCAGCAGCGUGCCUCCGCCGAUCCUGACGCGAAGACGAAGCGACCUACCAAGAUCGUCGGCGAGCCGUUGUCCAAGAAGACGGCAGAAAUAAUCAAAAAGGCGUCCGAUCCUGCCGCCGGCUUCGUCGACGGUGACCGUGCCGGGUUCUGCUUGGAGGACAAGAUGGAAGCCGCGAAGCGCAAGCUCCGCCAGGGUUACCAGGAAGCAGAAGACGCCAAACGGCGGCGCAAGACGCAGUUGGUGCAGGCGCCCAAGAUGAUGCAGCCAAUCAGGAGGUGCAGCAGCUCCAUGGUCAAGAAAACCUUCUCCAUCAGGACGCAGCUUCACAGCUAG